AUGUCUGCAAGAAGACUAAAAGGAAUCUCAGAGGACAAUGGCGUAAUCACCGCGAUCGCCAUUGACAAAGACAAGAACAGCCAACACGCCUUGAAGUGGGCCGUCGAAAACAUCAUUCUCGAUUCUCCACAAUGUGUUCUUCUUCACGUUGAACUAGGAGACGCAGGACCACAAUUACAACAUGGCAAUCAAGACGAGGCGCAUCAAUUCUUUCUUCCUUUCAGAGGAUUCUGCGCUCGAAAAGGAAUCAUAGCGAAGGAGGUUAUUCUUCGCGAUUAUGACAUCCCCAAUGCUAUUGUCAACUACAUUACCAACAAUUCCAUUUCAAAUAUCGUUGUUGGAUCCGCGCGAAACACCUUCCUCAAGAAGUUUAUGAGUCCAGAUGUGGCCACCAUUUUGCUUAAGACAGCUCCAGAGACUUGUGCAGUCUUUGUCGUGUCCAAAGGUAAGCUUUUAAAAAGCAGAUCCGCGAGUCAACCUCAGGAAACUUCCAAAAAACAAGAUCUCUCUUCUUUGUUGUACAACUACGAGCGAUCGAGCUCCUUUGGUUCCACUGAUUCAGACAGGGAAUCAUUUGUAUUUACCAACCCCAACAAACCCAUGUCAGAUUUAUCCCAAUCCACUUCACCUCACAGCUCGCCACCGCGAUCUCUGAGUGAGAUUUCUCUGUCAGAUAUUGACAAUCGCAGUAGUUACGGUGUGGUAUCAACUGUGAGCGGCAAUGGCAGUUAUGGUGUGGUAUCAACUGUGAGUGACAAUGGCAGUUACGGUGUGUUAUCAAGUUCAACUGUGAGUUCUUACACAGUCUCUGAAAGUUCCACUACCAACGCAAGCUCCAUCUCUUCGACAUCCAUGGAAAGUACACAUGCGGGAAAUUUCGAGGAACAACAGCAUCAAAACCUUGAAGCAGAAGUGAAGAGAUUGAGACUCGAAUUGAAGCAGUUUAAUGCUUCAAAGGGAAAAGACACUAUGAACUAUAAAGAAAGCUCCCAAGAACUUCAACUAUCUACAAUCAACGAAACCGAAAGAUCAGACGAAGCAAUACAACUGCCUAGAGCAUUGACUGAGGAGAAUGAGAAAAGGCAGUCUGCAAAUCAAGCAAAUGAAAUAGCAAAGCGCUUAGCGAAAAUGGAGAGCCAAAAGAGAAGAUUACUAGCGGUGCAAGCCAAGUUGGAGAAACAAAGGAUGCUUAGUAAUAUCUCUUACAGGCGUUACAGUAUCAAAGAUGUUGAAGGUGCAACCCAUGGUUUUUCAGAUGCUUUAAAGAUUGGGGAAGGUGGGUAUGGACCUGUGUACAAAGCUGUCCUCGAUUACACUUCUGUCGCCAUUAAAAUCUUGAAGGCGGGUAUCACGCAGGGCAUGAAACAAUUCCAACAAGAGAUUGAGGUUCUGAGUUGCAUGAGACACCCAAAUAUGGUGAUCCUACUCGGUGCAUGUCCUGAGUAUGGUUGUCUAGUUUAUGAGUACAUGGAAAAUGGAACACUUGAAGAUCGUCUCUUCUGCAAAAACAAUACACCCCCACUUUCAUGGAGAACAAGGUUCAGAAUCGCUGCUGAGAUCGCCACAGGACUUCUUUUCCUUCACCAGGCAAAACCUGAGCCCUUAGUUCAUCGUGAUCUGAAGCCAGCAAACAUUCUACUCGACAGACAUUUCACUAGCAAAAUCAGCGAUGUUGGUCUAGCUCGCCUAGUACCUCAUGCGGUAGCUGAUACCUUCAGUAACUAUCACAUGACUUCUGCAGCCGGUACAUUUUGUUACAUCGACCCUGAGUAUCAGCAAACCGGAAUGCUUGGAGUGAAAUCUGAUCUCUACUCUUUUGGUGUGGUGCUUCUGCAAAUCAUAACAGCCAUGCCAGCAAUGGGGUUAGGCCAUAAAGUAGGGAAGGCUGUUCAGAAAAAUAAGUUCAGAGAAAUUUUGGAUCCAACAGUAUCAGACUGGCCUGAAGAAGAGACUCUGGUGUUGGCUAAAUUGGCUUUGCAAUGCUGUGAGCUGAGGAAAAAAGACAGACCUGAUCUUGCUUCAGUUCUAUUACCAGCUCUGAACAGGCUAAGAGAGCUUGCAACAGAGGAACAUGAACGUAUCCAGGACAGAACAUCUCAUGUAUCACACGGUCACAAUUCAGUUCUGCAUGCCCCAAAUCCUUCCUAUGAGGUUAGUUUCUUAGAGCUCUUCUGCUUGAGAGAUCAAAGUUUAGGAAAUUCCACUAACAGUUAG